AUGGUCUAUUCAUCAUUUCGAGAGUGGAUGCUCCUCAGUCUGGCCUUGACGACUGGUUUCCUCGGUACGCAUCGGUUCAUUUUAUCUUCGGAUCCGCAGCGGAUGAUGGGUGGCCGAUUUGUCAAUACCUCCCUUGAUAUUUUGUUUCCCACUAUCGUGGUUUGGGUCGUCGUUUCGAUAAAGUCUGGACGUUCGAACCGGCUCAUGCAGCUAGUCCUUAUCAGCGUACUCGGUGUUGUCUUUGGCGGCCUAAGUCUCCUCUCGAUACUGCGUCUGGAGAUGCUGUUCGGCCCGGUUGUUCGUCGACCGCACGCUUUGAUAAUUCAGCUCAACGUCCGAGGCAUCGUCACUACAUUGGCCGCUUUCCCAAUGUGCCACACGAUCAUCUUCGGCCUUUUUCCACAGCUCAAUCGUUUGCGCAUUGCGGCGCUUGCCCAACGAUUCACGCUUCUUGACCCUCUACCAAAGUUCUUGAUCGUUCUGUGGCUCUGUUUUGGUCUAAUUUCGACCUACCUUUUGCGGUCGUCUCUUCUGCUUGUUGUCUCACUGUCGUAUUUCUUUGCUUUGCGAGUCGGCGACUGA